AUGUUAAAGUGGUCGUUAAAGUGGUGUUUCGGAAUCCUUUAUUCCAAAACAAGGGGAGAACUUGUGAAAACUUCUGGUGCGGGAACAGGAACUUUUGGUGGUGAUCAUGAGAAUGAGCAAAAAUCCAAAUCCAUUGAUCCAAAGGAACUCGAUGAAAAUCUACGAGUUGCUAAAGAAGCUGAAGAAAAAGAAAAGGCAGCCCGUGACGUAGAGGAAACUUUGAAGGCUCAGAAAAAUAUUUUUCAUCUGUGGACACUAGAGCGAAUUUUGAAUGAGGACAUCGACAAUCCGAAAAUUUAUUGGCUAGAGCCUCUUGGAUCAUUCAAAUUGCAGAACUCUCCGGAUCCGCAGAUUGAUCUACCGAUAACUCCGAAGGCGUUCCAGUUUUGCUGCUUUGACAGAGUUGUGAACGCUCCUCCUUUUGAUUCAGGUGCUGAUAAAAUUCCCUUUUCUUUCUACCUAAAGCACGUGAAGCCUCAGUACGAAACUUGGAGCUCUAAGAAGAUUAUAGUUGUGAAGGUUUCUGGCCCAAUUGAAACCGAAAGCUUUUUUAAUGUUCGGUUCAAAGUUGAAAGGGGUGCUACGAGUCAGAUAUACGAGUUUACUAUCACAGAUCUACCAUGUCUGAACCUGUAUGAUUGGAUUUUGCUGCUUCAUUUGUUGGUGAGAGAUGAAAAGAAGUUCGAACCCAUCAUUGCACAUCUUAAGAGGAUGCUGGUCUCGUACAUCCUGGACAAUGGGAACAUGGAUGUUGAAAUUGUUGCGGCAUUGCAAAGGAAGCCAACCGUGUUGCCCAAAGAAGCUCCUAAAGAUUUUGAAGAAUGA